AUGUUGUCCUACUUCCGAGAUCGACUCCAGUACGGUUGGCAUGGUAUCCCCAUAUGUAAAGGUCUCCGUGAAACACCAAUAAGCACCGUCUCCGAUUUCUCUGAAGGCCUAGCCCUCGGAAGGGAGAGGCAGUCUGAUGAGUACACAAGAAGCGCAUCCAGUGAAAUGCUGGCCUGGUCAAAACCAGUAAAGUACAAACCAAGUGAAUAUGCGAGGAGUCGAGAACUCGGUCGACUGGACCCUACGCUCUACGUGAGUGAGAAGAAUGAGGACCUCUAUGAUGUGCCGUUGGGUCACCUCGGUCGCCUCUGGUUCACCCUCUCCUAUGACCAGACAAGCGAACGUUUGCAUGUCACAGUACACAAGGCCCGCAAUCUCCGCUCCCCCAACUAUCGCUCACUCCGAUUCUCAGUUGGCGUGCCGACGGAUCUCACUGCUCUCAGUAUUCUAACACCAGUUCAGACCCAAGACUGCCGUGUAAAGUGA